ACAAUUCGUAAUUUAUUGAAAAAUCUCGGUGAUAAAAAGAGUAACAAUUAUAUAUUGAAUAUAGCAAAUCGUUUAUAUGUACGACAGGAAUUUUCCAUUAAGCCAAGCUUUCUUUAUUUGCUUCAAUUUUAUUUCAGUGAAAGAUUAUACAAAUUUAAUGAUGAACAAAUUGGUCAACUUACUCAGGAAAUUAAUAGUUGGGCUUCAAAGCAUACAAACAAUAGAAUAACAAAACUUAUGGUAACGGCAAAAAUUAAUUCAGAAACUAAAAUGCUGCUACUGAAUACAAUUUAUUUCAAUGCUCUUUGGAAGAAGCAAUUUUUUAGUGGAAAAACUUUGAAAAAAACAUUUCAUAUUUCUCACAAUAAUCAGCAUAGUGUACCAAUGAUGCUAUUAGUAGAAGAAUUAUCAUAUUAUGAAGAUUUUUUUGUUCGAAUUGUUAAACUUCCAUUUAUUAAUAAAGAAAUAGAAAUGAUAAUUAUACUUCCAAGAAUUCGCUUCGAUUUACAAAAUGUUCGCAAAAAGAUGACAGGAAAAAAUUUAAAUUAUUACAUCAAACAUUCUGUACCAGCUAAAAUUAUGUUAACAUUACCAAUGUUUGAAUUGGAACAAGAAAUAAACAUGGAAGAUAUGUUAAGAAAACUUGGCAUUGCGGAUAUUUUUAAUGAAAAUGCUAACUUCAAAGGAAUUAGUGAUGGUCCAAUCUCUAUUACCAAUAUUAUACAUAAAGCAACAUUUCAGAUGAAUGAAAAAGGAGUGGAAACUGAUGCAAUAUCUGAAUUUAAAUCCACUGAUAUUACAUGUGAAAAUUGUAUAACAUUCACUGCUGAUCAACCAUUUUUAUUUUUUAUUGUUCAACGCUCAGAAACUAUUUUGUUAACUGGACAAUGUGGCCGAAAUUGUUUUUUUUAG